AUUGUUCCACAAUAGCAUGAAGUUGUGCGUUCCGCGCGUGUGUACAUGGUGCCAUGAGUGCUGAUAAUUCUUGUGCGGACGUAUCAGUCCCUUUACGAAAUGUCCUGAACUCGGUCCAGUGUGUUCGAGACCGAGUAAAAGGUAACUAUGUGAAUGUUGUUACCAGCUUUUUGUAUUGAUACGUUUACCAUUUAGAUAGCUUGCUUCAAUCCAGAGCCAUGUAAUAGCUGUUGUUAGCUAGCAAUAUGGUGGUAGCUAGGAGCCUAGCUAGCUAACGUUAGCGGUCAGCAACACUGUUUUGAUGCAGAUAGUUGACAUGGCGUGCCUUCUGAGGGAGCUUAAUAAGUGUAGGGUGUUGUGUUUUAGCAUAUCAAGUCUUCCUAGCUAGCUCAUGGUAGCUAAAGCUACAAUUAAUUAUCUAUGUAGAUAGCUAAUUAGCAUAUUCAGAAAUUGUUGUAACGUUAUUUGUUUAUAUUUGUCUUCAGAUGGGGAGUCCAACGAGUCCAGUGGGAUGUUCAACCUGUCAAACUUUUGGGAUACGCUGAGUUGAGUUUUGCUUUCUUUAACACACAGCAGGAUGUGUGACUCCAUUGCGCUGACAUUUCCUUAAGUAUUUCCUUUGGUCUUCUUUCUAAGGCUUCAGUGAUAAAUAAAAAAAGCAGUGAAUAACGCUAACCCUCCAAUCCCCAGCUCAAGCAGUGAAAGCAGCCUCACAGGAAGCCACUAAACUCAGCCUUGCCUUCUCUAAGCCUCCCCUGCCAACACAAGAGGUAAAACUGAGUUUACAAAUGUUUAGCUAGAAAAUAUGGUUCACCUCAGUGACUGUUACUCAAGGGUACAACAAUUGUCAUCAUCCCUCAUAGACACUGUGUGGUAGAUGAUAUAAAUCCAUAUGCUUGGUAGAAUUAGGCUCAUCCAUAAUUAUUGGGCCAAAAUAUUGACUCAAACUACUGGGAAGCUGCCACCAGCGAUGGGGGGAAUGCAGACAGACACUGCAGUCAGACACUGCAGUCAGGCAUGGAAGACCACGACAGGCAGUCUCCCAAUCGUGGUGGUCCAUGCCUCAAACUGUAGAUUAAAACACGUCAAACAAAUCCCAAAGCUGAAAGUCUGCAACAUUAACCAAUCCCCCUCAACCCUUCUUACACUUUGCUGCUGUAUUCCCCAUCAUCUCUAAAACAUGGGAUUGAAGUUCAACUUUAAUUGUGUUAUAACCAUAAUGCUAGUAAACAUUUUGUCAUUAGUAAAUGUUUACACUUCUUCCGCCUCAUCAGGAUGGUGAGAAGCUUGCUGAAUCCAUCCAGAAGAGCGUAUUGGCACUAUCCACUGUCUAUUACUGGUUGCCCAAAAGCCAUGGUAAGCUACAGUAAAUGCAGAAAGUGUCUGCAUGUAGGACUGAUAUUGGAGGGAUAUAUAGAUAUUGGAGGGCUAUAUAGGCCUAGUUGUUGGAAUUAUUACCCUGAUCAAUAAGGAAAUACUCAGAUUGCUUGAAGUCAACAUAAUAUGCAGUGUGGUGGCUGAAGAUGACAGAAUCAUGUCUGUUCUACGAAAUAAAUUCCCAAAUGUAUUCUCCAAUAUUUUAUUUUCUCUAUUACGCUGUGUGCACUGAACUGACAUGCAUGAUUGUUGCUGACACUGAUGUUCAGAUGAAGGGAAUUAAAUAGUCUAUAACGCACACCACCGCGGCCCUCAACUCAAACAGUGUUGUGUAGCCUACUGUAGCUGCUGGCAAAGUCAUUCAAACCCUAUACUUUAUCACUCAGGAUGGAACUUUCCAGUGGUACUAUUUUUGCCAUGUAAUGUUAUUAAAACAAAAACAGCCAACCCCAUAAUAGAAUAGUUUACCUUUUUACCUAGUCGGCUUGUGUGUUCUAUGCAAGAUAAAUAUUCAGUUUGAGGCGCAUUCAAGUUGCGAGAGCCAUAGGGAGGGAAACAUGUAUUUUGACAAGCAGUCAAUGCACAACAAUUCGUAAUGCAAUCGCAGGAAACAGGCUUUUGAAAGCAGCUUUUGCCUUUGUUAAAAAAGAGGGAUCCAAGCAUUCCAUUGCUACCACAUUUUUUUCCCCCUACUCCUACAAUUGCGUGUGGCAUAAAAAAGCAUGGAUUGGGCACAGCUGCGCAACAGAGCUCUUAAUAAAGGGGCAGUGGCAUCUUACAAGGGCAAUGAAAUGCUUUAUAUAUAUAAAAUAAAAUAAAAAUCUUAGUGAAUAAUAAUAAUCAGGAUGUUGUGUAGCUGAUAGUGCUUAUUGCUAGUGACACAUCUGAUAAUAUAGACGUGGUCCAAUAUGUUAAAAUGUUAACAUAAUGUUUACCAAUAUGUAAUUGGGCUCAUUUCUGGAGUUGCAAGUUCUAUUUUAGAUCUGAGAUCGACUUAACUUUCAGUCAGGUUUUGUUGUUGUUGCUACCCAUGAUUAACUCUACGGAAGAUAGUUGUCUUUCACUUCUCUCCUACUCCUUGUGUAGGUAUCACAUUGAGGAGACUGGUGAGAGAUGCCACAGCUGAGGUGCUAGAUGGCAUUGUGCAACUGGUGGACGUCAUCGUCAGUUCCCCACUACAGAGGUAGCACUGCCCACAGCUUUGAAACAGGCUACUUUGAUAUGCAUUACAAUGUUAAGGCUAGUUAUUAGUUAGAAUUCCAACUAAAACGUCUUCACAUAGCUAUUUACUGUGCAGGAUUUGUUAUUGCCUACAUUUGGAAUGCAGGAGUUUGGAAUUGAACAGAGUCAUUUAGGGGGGGAACGACGUCAAAUCAUGACGGCCAUGAUCUUCAGGUCGGAAAGUCGGAGCUCUAGAAAGAUCCCAGAGUUUCCGACUUGGAAUUCCGAGUUGGAUGACCGUUCAAAAGAUUUUUCCCAGUCGGAUCUAGUUUUUUUCCAGAGUUCCCAGUUGUGUUGAAUGCACUGAAGUCGGAAGUCAGAUAUUUCUGAGUUCCGAGUUCCCGUUUGUUUUGAACAAGGCAUUAGUAUCCGCGGAGGGAGGGAUAGAGCAGCAGAGGGUUUGCUGCUCACAGUCCCUGCUCUCUCCUUCCUUUCCUCCGGUGAAACUGACCAGAGAGAGGGGACACAGUCGUCCACCUGAUGGCAAAACUCGAGUCGCUCUGCAUCUGCCUCAUGCACAAAUUCAUGUUGUUCCUAUGACCAGAGAAAGUGAAAUAUUCCUCGAGCUUCUGAAUCAAGUGUGCCUACCACCAACAGUGCAACACAACACAAAAAUACAAAUUUUGCGCAAGCCUUUAUCAUUGGCUUUUCUAUAUAAAUGUUUGGUGAUCGACUAGGAAUGCCUUGAAGAUCGACCAGUCGAUCACGAUUGACCGGUUGGUGACCACUGAUGUAGACAGUACAACAUUAGGAAAAGUGGCCAAUUUUGUUUUUUGGGUGAACUUCGCCUUUAGCAUGUCAACUAUACCAGUAACCAGGUUUCCAUCCAAACAUUUAAUGUGGCCGGGCUGAUGGAAAAAGGAAAUGUCGGUACAAUUUCAUAAAUGCCGAAAGACAAUUUGUUUGUUCGACAUGGUGGGAUCUUUUUGUGUCAGUAAAAUUUAUUAUGUGAGAAAUGGUGGUGGAAACACCAUUUAUGUGCAAAUACUGAUCAUAUCGAAGUAAACUUGGAGUCACGCGAUGAUAUGUUGUGUGGUCUUCCCACUACGACUCGGGAAAGCAUGUGGUUUAUUAGGCAACAGAUUAAAUAAGUUAUGAACUUCACAGGGUGGUGAAAGUGCACAGCGACGAGCUUGAUGCUCCUUUCCAAUACAUAUCGAGGGUCCUGUUCUGGUGACAUGAUGAUCGAUGCUUGGCUGUCAUUUGACAAAUAGAAAUCUCGCUCUUAAUAGCAUCAUCAUGUAGGCUAGCCUACCUGCACUGUAUCUGUUGGCUAGAGCGCACGUGCAAAGACUCGAGUGGGCACAUUUGCUAUAUAACGCAACAGUUUAUGUGACAAAACCAUCGGUAGAGUUGAAAAUGCGAUUGAAACCCAUCUUAACUUGUAUUUUUUUAUUCGGUACAUGGGAAUUUAACCGUAAAGUUAUUAGUAUGUGCACUACGUCAUCACGCACAGCCUUUAAUCCGCACAAGUCAAUUUCAUGGAAACAUCUCUGGUGGGAAAAUGUGCGUAUUGUUUUAAUGCAUAUAUUAGAAUUUUCGCAUGAAAAUCUGUCGCCAAUUGGAUGGAAACCUAGCUAGUGUCUGUUGGACAUAGUAGAAUUAUACCGUUUUAAUGAAGGACCUACAAUACUUACUAAAGCUUUUUUAUUAUUUAGUUUAUCACAGGAACAGCUCCAAUCUACGGGUGGGGUAUGGUCAGCGUGUGACCAGUUUGCACACUUACCAAGAGGUGAGUAAACUUUACAGAAUCCAUCUAGUUCAGCAUGGUGUAACAUACUGAACGUUGCAGAUAGAAACGCCAUGAAUAGAGCUGGCAUGAUUGCUUACUGUACAUGUCAGAUAGACACGACUUCACACAACAUAUUUCUAUCUGAACGUUCCACAACGGUUUGCCCUGCUGAACGCAGCCCUGAGCCUCCAUGUCCAGAAAGGUAUACUACGAAGCAAGCUAUAUCUACUCAGGGUUUUUAAAGAUAGCCAGCUUCAGUUAGCUUCCAUUCCUGCUCAGGCUUCAUACGUACUAUGACAGUGGAUAUUGCUCGUCUGCCUGCCGCUAACUCUAGCAGCCUUGUAACUGCGUGUGCAUGUCACACCUGGCUAGUCAAACGGCGAACUCUUCAGUAAGACGAUGCUGAAACAUCAAUCACAAAGUCUUGCAAAUUCAGCAGGCUAUCGUGUGAAAUUUACUUUUAGAAGUGCCGUCUUUAUUUUUAUUACUUUGGUGUGGUUAUCAAUGCACGAGCAGCUUUCUUCUCCACUUAAUAAUUUUAUUAAAUCAUACAAAUGUUUUUCUGUGUGUGAAGUUUCCAAUGCGUUUGCCAUUACUAAAUGUGUAAUGUGGUAGGUAUUUGAACAUUACUAUUUUUUAACACACAAAAACACAUUUGAUUAAUACAUAUUUAAUCAGUCUUCCUCAAAUCAAGUGGAUGAUGACGCAAUCUUUGCGAGAGGGAGGGAAUCUGAUUUCAUUGGUCCUCAUCUUGCGCCUCAGACACUUCAUUCAGGAUAAAUGUAGUUAGCCCUGAGUUAGCCUGCCCCGGAGUAGGUUAGAUCUGAAGGAUUCGUUACCAUAGAAAUGUACCUGGAUAAAAGGUGAGCCAAUUUCGUGGUACCGGUUAUCCCAAGUUGAACUCAGAGUUGACUAAAGUUACCUCGCUAACUCCUCAACUUACAUUCGUAGUAUAGGGCUCUGUUAAAUCCUUAAUUGUAAGAAUAACAAAGCGGCCACCCUGCUUCUGUUUUAAUAAAAAGCUGAGGGAUGGGCCUGGAGAAAUUGAACACCUCUCCAUAGACAGAGCUAUGGAAGGAAGGACUGACCAUCCGUGAUAUCAAAAUUAUAGUUGUAACCAUGUUUUGAGGCUAUACAGUGUUUGUUUACAUUUACGUUGUUUACAAACAUUGGAGACAAACAAGCUUAUAUUUUGGGUUCUGAUUGGGUACGACAGUUGAUCAAAGCUCAUGAGGCAUUUAUAAGUAUUCGUUGCUGUGAAAAAGUUUCUAAUUUUCUCAACUUUUGCAUGUUUUUGAUACUGAAUGUUAUCAGAUCUUCAACCAAAACCUAAUAUUAGAUUAAGGGAACAAAUAACACAACAAUUAAAUACAGUGGGGGGAAAAAGUAUUUAGUCAGCCACCAAUUGUGCAAGUUCUCCCACUUAAAAAGAUGAGAGAGGCCUGUAAUUUUCAUCAUAGGUACACGUCAACUAUGACAGACAAAUUGUCUGUAGGAAAACCUCCUUCCAUCAGCAAGGGCAUUGAAGAUGAAACGUGGCUGGGUCUUUCAGCAUGACAAUGAUCCCAAACACACCGCCCGGGCAACGAAGGAGUGGCUUCGUAAGAACCAUUUCAAGGUCCUGGAGUGGUCUAGCCAGUCUCCAGAUCUCAACCCCAUAGAAAAUCUUUGGAGGGAGUUGAAAGUCUGUGUUGCCCAGCGACAGCCCCAAAACAUCACUGCUCUAGAGGAGAUCUGCAUGGAGGAAUGGGCCAAAAUACCAGCAACAGUGUGUGAAAACCUUGUGAAGACUUACAGAAAACGUUUGACCUGUGUCAUUGCCAACAAAGGGUAUAUAACAAAGUAUUGAGAAACUUUUGUUAUUGACCAAAUACUUAUUUUCCACCAUAAUUUGCAAAUAAAUUCAUUAAAAAUCCUACAAUGUGAUUUUCUGGAGGAAAAAAAAAUCUCAUUUUGUCUGUCAUAGUUGACGUGUACCUAUGAUGAAAAUUACAGGCCUCUCUCAUCUUUUUAAGUGGGAGAACUUGCACAAUUGGUGGCUGACUAAAUACUUGUAUUCCCCCACUGUACUUAUUUCAAUUAUUUCAUAAACAAAGUUACGUAACACCCAAUGCCCCUGUGUGAAAAAGUAAUUUUCCCCCUUACACUCUAACUGGUUGUGCCACCUUUAGCUGCAAUGACUCCAACCGAAUGCUUCCUGUAGUUGUUGAUCAGUCACUCACGUCGCUGUGGAGGAAUUUUGGCCCACUCUUCCAUGCAGAACUGCUUUAACUCGGUGACAUUUGUGGGUUUUCAAGCUUCUCGUUUCAAGUCCUGCACAACAUCUCAAUUGGGAUUAGGUCUGGAUUUUGACUAGGCCAUUCCAAAACUUCAAAUGUGUUGCUUUUUAGCCAUUUUCAUGUAGACUUGAUUGUGUGUUUUGGAUCAUUGUCUUGCUGCAUGAUCCAGCUGCGCUUCAGCUUCAGCUCACAGACGGAUGGUCGGACAUUCUCCUGUAGAAUUCUCUGAUACAGAGCAGAAUUCAUGGUUCCUUCUAUUAACGCAAGUCGUCCAGGUCCUGAGGCAGCAAAGCAUCCCCAAACCAUCACACCACCACCACCAUGCUUGACCUUUGGUAUAAGGUUCUUACUGUGGAAUGCAGUGUUUGGUAUUAGGAAGGCAUAAUGGGACCCAUGUCGUCCAAAAAGUUAUACUUUUGACUCAUCUGUCCAUUCUUCCAAGAGUCUUGAUGAUCAUCCAGGUGCUUUUUGGCAAACUUGAGUCCACUUUUUGGGCGAGAUGGGUCCUAUUAUGUCUGGCGAAAACCAAACACUUCAUAAUACUUGGCUCAACAAGCUGAUUCUCUAGUCUAGAACAUAUGUUUCUGACAAAGAUAAGCUGUGUAAGAAAAGGAUGAUCCAUUUUGAUUGGCACCCAAGUAAUCAAGUGUUUUAUGUACAAGAAAAACUAUGCCAAAGCAAUCAUCACCAACUGUGUACAUUCCCAUGUUAGUACAGUAUUUUGGUGUAAAAACCAUCUAUAGUAUAUCAUGUCUGGCCCAGAGCCAUAAAUAUACAUGGUUAGGCAUGCAACUGCUGAUGUAGAAAGGGCUGUAUAAAUCAAUCUGAUUGAUUGGUUUUCGGAACAUAUGGCCAUAAGAGCAUGUCUGUGCCUGUCGUGUUUGUCCAUGCAGAUAACCGGGCAGCAGUGCUGGGGGUCUUGGAGUCCUAUAUCGGGGUGGUAAAGGAUGCCAUAGAGGAGAUGGAACAGGUGCCCUUUUACUCUUUCACCGACGAUUGCAUCAUUUCACUUCUCACCACAUUUUCUUCAGGAAAAUAACCCUUUUUCAAGUUGUUGUAGCUAACUUGAUAGAAAUGGCUGUACACGUUUUCCAUGAAUACAUUAGCAUUUUCACUGAGCUGAAAAUGUCAUGUCACCUUACGUUGCCAUGUCGUCUCGAAUGUCUCCGUGUGUCCUUUUGUAUCCUACACUUGUCCUCUCAUGUUCGCUUGGCUGUGUCCCAAUAAUAUCUAAUUUCCCCCCCCCCCUGAAGUGUACACUCGUUCACUACACAGCAUUGGAUUUCUGGACGCAGGAGGGAGUUUCCACCAUAUAUGUCUUAUACCAGUCAUUUCCUUUUAAAUCAGUGAAAGGAAGUGAACAAGUGCACACUUUGGGAGGAAGGAACAAUAAUUGGGACGUAGCACUAGUUUGUAUCCUCAAAUCCCCUCUCUCUCCCCCUAGGCGCAGGCUGAGAGCCAGGACCCAUUCAGUGACGUGCUGGAUGACGAGGACCUGGACGCGCGGGGCAACCAGGACACGUACUGGUCCGAGGAGGACCGCCAGCUCAUUGCGCCCUGCCAGGGCCUGAUGAAAGCAUCCGCCGCCUGCCUGAGGAAGCUGUUGUCCGCCGUCAAGGCCAAUGGCAACGUAAGCAUGCCGGAGUGUGUGGCGCAGCUGGACGACCUGGCCGACAUCGCCAAGGAGGUCAGCCCCAGGUAAAAGAGGAUGGUUGAUUCCAAAUCCACUCCUAGCUCUUUCCUCGCCUAUGCAGUUAAAGGGAUGGAUAAGUUAAGGCAGUUAAGCAUACACAAGUGCUUAUUAGGGUGUAGGGGCUAGGCUAGGGGGUUGAUUUGGUCUUGGGCAGAGGAUAUUGAAGGUGUCAUCAAAACAGCCCUUUGAUCCUUUGGUGUGUUACUAAGGGUGUUUCUCUCAGCUAGUAAAAGCUAUUCCAUUGGUGUGACAGGACAAAAUCGUGUACAGUGCAAUUUCUAGCUUGUAACUUCACACCUAGUAUACAUUGACACGCCAUAAAAGCACUCACUGAAAAAUACUUUAUAGAAUAUUUCACUUUGACAACAAUUCUAGUCUAAUGCACUACUCAGAAGUUCCGUAGAUGAUAAUAUGAAAACGUUUCAUGGGCACUCUCCCCCUAGCCUAUUUGAUUCACCCUUAUCAUAUGAAUAAUCCAUUAGAGAAUGGUUGAAUUACUCUCACCACAAAGAGUUAUGUUUGUAUGUCGCCUGCUCUUAACCUUAUUAAAACCGUGACACACACACACUUAUGCAGGCAGGAUAUAUUGUGCAGGGGUGGGGCGGCGGUAACUUUCCCAAAAUUCCAUGGUUUUCCAGAAAUCCCGGUUGGGAUUUAGUAAACCAAUUAGUAAACAGAAUGAUACAACUACACUGAAUGCCAGCUCCACUCAUGUAAUGACCGAGGAGAAUAGUUUGUUCUCAUGCGUGUGCUUCAGUAGCCAAAGUAUAUAGUGUCCACACCAGACCCUUACCUUGGGGACGAGGUCACAGUAUAUGAUAGAUCUAGUAAUCUUUGCAAUACACUUAAAUCAGGAACCAACACUUGUUUAUAGGGUUGACCUCUGACUGACUCUCUCUGUGUGCUUCCAGUGUUGAUGACCUGGCGCUCAGUCUCUACCCACCCAUGGAUUACUCAGGAGUGGAUCAAAACGUAAGGCGCUUGGAUCAUUUGUGUCAUAGACAGUGUGUAUAAUUAAGUGAUUGUAUGUCACUCAUGACGAAAGGCGUGCUGUUUAAUUGGAAGUGGUGGCUCCAAAUUAAUGACAAUAUUUAAAUGUGUCCUUUGUUACUGCUAUUAGGUGUUCCUUAUUGAAAGGCUUUGUUGAAGUAGUUGAACCACAAUAGGAGAGGAGACAGAUAGCUUGGCAUGUUGUAUACAUACUGCAUGCUGCUGAAGUAUGUUUGGGAUGGCUUGUAUUGUUAAAGCAACAUUUUACUUUUAUGAUGUUUCUUCCUACUGGGCGUGCUUCCUUUGGUACAUGCCCCAUAGAAAUAGAAUGUAGAUGACAUUUCUAUGACAUGCCUUACUAGUCACUUAGGAAUGACACACCCUCUCUCUGUCUUCAUUCCAGGCAUGUAAACUGACCUUGGUGCUAAAGAAAGUGUUGGAUAUCAUCAGGUGUGUACAGAAGGGCUGGUUUACCAACCUGUUAGGUUUUCUUUCACCUGUUGGCUACUGAAUCAUCCACUUGGCAGAACUGGCUUCUGUCAGACAGUACAGUGGCAACGGAGGAGCAACAGUCUACCGAGAGCCGCUAGUUUCUGUUGCAUCAUGGUUGUAGGAAGGAAGCCAGCCAUUACACCUUCAUGAGAGAAAUAAUGACUUAAGUUGCUCCUUACAUCACCGCUCACUUAAACUCUUUCCGUGUCUCAAUAUUAUUAGUUUCCUCCUUUUUGUUUUUCUUCAAGGGGACCAGUCUGAGAGGAUUUGAUAGGUGGAUGAAUGAGGGAAUAAAGAAAAGGAUAGCUUUUUAGUGUACUGUACUGUGACACAGCCCUCUCACUCACUCUCGUCCUCCUUCCUCCUCAGGGCGAGUCACGUGUGUUUAGAAGCAGACCUGAACUGGGUGCAGUUUCUGGACGGGGCCCUGGAUCACAACCUACAGAAGAUCAAAGCUCUGAUUCAAGGCUCCAGCUAGACGAUGAGUGGAGGGUGUGCGUGAGGCGAAUGGAGACAAGGGUGUGCGUGUUUAUGGAGAAAGGAAAGGUGUGCGCAUGUGUGAAGAGGACUGGGGGCCUGAGCUCAAUGGACUGGGACUUUGUUGAAUGUUACAGAAGUGUGUGUACUUCCCCCUUGUGUACACACUCUCUAUACAUCAUUUAGACAGCAGACAUAUUACCAACUUUACUGCAAGCCAAACAUUUGCAAAACAUAAAAAUCUUGUUUCAUGAGUGUAUAAAUAUUUAUAGAUGGAUUUAGGCUUUACGACUCAUAAAGCCAGACGCUUUGCUGUUUGGAAAGCUUUCUCUAAUCAACAGGCUUGAAUUUACAAAGAACAAUAACAAGAAGAUGCCGUUUGCAUAUACCUCUGUUUUCAUAGCAUUUCUACACUGUCAAACUAUAGUAUUAUACAUUGAGGGAAAGCGAUUUCUGUGUACUUCUGCUGCCCACUUUUUAAUCAUUUGAAUUUUUGCAGAAUAUUGUUCAACAAUUUGACUAUCAACAGUAAUGAAGACCAUGCUAUAAAAUUUGAUUUUUUUUUUAUUACAUCUCAAUGACCGGCACUAUGUAAAUACAAAAUAAAAGUAACUCGCCCCUUGCACUCAAACA